AUGCUUCCCGUGCUGCCAUCACCGUCGUUCCUCUCUGACGACGACGAGGAGGAGCUCCUCAUUCAGAGAGAAAUCCAGCGGAAAAAGCGGAACGAAAUGUUCCCUUGUUUCCUCAGGCUGGAACAAAACUUUGACACUGAGAAGGAAGACUCUGCGGAAAAAGAAGAAGACGUGGAGAGACCCUCAUCUGAAGAAGAGGCGCCUCCGUCGUGGAAGGCCGAGCUGAAUGAGCUGGAGGAGCUGCUCAGAAGCCUCGAAAAAGACCCCGACGGAGCUCAAGCUCGGGGUGUUUCGGAGGACUCGGUCCACCAAGAGAUACUCACGAGGAUCUCUGUCAUAAGCCGUUAGUUUUACUUAUUCCUACCUCAAUAAUCUCGUUUUUCUAGGUUCCAGCUCAUCUUCAAGGAUGUCGGAGAUGAUGACCCGACAAAUGGAAAUUGGCCGCGUCCUGAACGACGCUCUCGAAAUGAUGGACUGGGUGAGACUGACUGAUAGGGUUUUUAAUCUUGUGUUUUAUUUCCAGUUGCGGUCGAGGAACAAGGCGAGGUUUGUGGACCAGGAUUUGGAGAGCCUGGCUUACGAAAGGGAAGACUUCCCAAUGUAUCCUGAGGCUGAGGACGAAGUCAAACUUGUGGAACGAAAACGAGAACGAGGUAUCACUUAUUUUAUCAUUUAUUUUUGGACAUAUAAUCCGUUUUUCUCCACGAAACUGCUCUUUUUCUCUGCGCCCUUCUCCUUUCUAGCAGACUCUCUCAUAUCGGCCCGCUAUUUUUCUAUUUCUCUGAUCUCGCUGGCGAGAGAGUAGAGAGACGCAGACACUCAAAAAUUGCCAAGUCGAAUGGACUUUAAUGAAUACAAAUUUCAAUUGAAAUUUUUCAAAAAUUGGCAUCCUUAGGAAUUUUAGAGUGAUCUCUAUAGGGGUUAGGGGAGAAACAGCCCCUAAAGGGGCCGAAAAAAAGUUGACUAUAUAGGAGUAGAAUUAAGGUGGUCCCUAUAAGGCUUCAAGGUCUCAUUCCUAGCCAUACAGCUUAAGUGGUCCCUAUAGGGGUCUUCUAAUUUUUGUUCAUUAUUUAGUUUUCCUCGUAGAGUUAUCGACGUGUACAUGUACCCUAUAGGGGUCACUAAUUGAAAUACCUAUAGUGAUCACUUUUGCGUGCUUUAGUGGCCCCUUUAGGUGUUGGUAAAAUAGUCCCUAAAGUUGCGCCUAUAGGGACCACUCUGAAGUUCCUAAGUAUGCGAAAAACUUAACGAAUAACCUAUUUUGAAUAAAAUUGAAAGGACCCCUACAAGGACCACCUUGAUUUAACCCUAUAGGGACCACUUCUUCGGUCCCUACAGGGCUGUUCUCCACCCUAACCACAAUAGGGACCACUCUAAAAUCCCUAAGAACAGCGUGAUAACUUCUUUCACAAGAUUCACCUUGAAAAAUAAUUGUUUUCCUCACGAAAGACUUGAAAAUCAAGAUUUUCCAGAACUUCCGGUCUCAAGUUUGCCGGUCAUCGAUCGUAGCGAGGACUCGCUGCGUGGUCUGAGCAGCGUGUUAAUGAUGCUGAUCUGCUUGACGUCGACGUGGGUCCUGGGCGCGCCCCUCAGCCAGACCUACGUCGCCCUCUUCUCCCACGUCGUCUACUACACGGCGCUUCUGCUGGCCGCCGCCUUCGCCGACCACUUCUACGUCGUCGUAACCAUCUGCGGCACCGUCGUCUUCGCCGUCCUCUACGCCCUGCAGAUCUUCGCCUACGCCGUCAACAGCAUCAGCCUGGAGGAAGACUUUUUCGGCUGUCUUUCCGUCUACUUCAGCGUCAUCCACUUGCUCGUCUCCAUCGCUUCCGGCCUGAACGCUUUCAAAAAUUUCCGAUCUUCCAGUAUCGAUUCGCAAUGA